AUGAGGGUUGAUCUACGUAGCUUUAAGUGUGCAACUGCACUUCGUGCUGGCCUCAAAGCGGCAAUGUACGAGAGUAGCUGCUCCUACGCAGGAGCAUUGGAAUUGAAAAGAAGCGCUCUGAAAGAAGAACCAUGGCCAGCAACAGAAUGGCCUCCUUACCGGUUACAUCAGUCCACUUUCGAGCAACUGAAACAAAGUGUGGAAAAGGCCAAAGCGGCCUUGCAAGACAGAUCAGGUCUAUUAGGGACUGCAACUGCCUUCGGUGACUUCUAUGGAGGACAGCUGGGGCAGGAUGCCACCAGCUCCACGCUGGGCUUCGGCCGAACGGCGCGGACUGAAGACUCGAUGCUUGGCACUAUGGAGAAGAGUAAAACUAUCGGUCCAGACAAGCUAUCUGGAGGCAUCGGUAAAGCCUACUCGACACCUACCCUGUCCGACACGCUACGGGCAACGAAAUGUUCAGACUAUUAUGCACGUUGGCUACAAUUCAAGGAACAGUUUAAACUUGCAUUACUGGAAGAUGACCGCAUCCAGGAGUUGGCGGUAAACUAUAUCGGAGUUAAACCACAGGGUACAGCAGUUGAAAUAGUUGGCCGAGUAUACAGCAAGUACUGUGAGCUAUACAACCAACUGUGUGACUGUUACGAUCAGAUGGAGCAGGUGCAGCGGAGACCAUACAUAAAGAAAAUUAUAGACGGCUUAACAUGUCGUAUUAUCGAGUUAAAAAAAACAUUAGAGGAAGUUGAAGUUUUCGAAUUUACUUAUCCUGACAACGCCUUGCAACAAUUGUUAAUACAACCUUAUGACAUUGAGAUACUUUGUCCCUUUUUCUACCCAUUCGAAAUACGACAAGCAGAGAUGCAAUACAUUAUGGAUGAAAUAUUUGCGGGUAAUCGGUUAGGAGAUCCACCUAAAACACAAGAAGAACUUGAGAUUGAAGAGCAAGAAAGAUUAGAAAAAUUAGAAGAACAACAAGAACUAGAAGCUAGAAGACAAUUUGUUAUUGAAGAAGAAGAAAAAGAAAUUGAUCCAAGAAUGUUAGAUCCCAAAUUCGUUCAUGCUAUCAAUAUUCAGAGAAUGGAAAGAUCUCGAAUGUGUAUUACGGAAAGAGUGCAUAAACGUUUUCAAGAUCAAAAUUUAUAUUUGGAAUUAGCAGGGUUAAAAAAGCCGAAACAAAGGGAAGAUAUAAGGAAAGCAGGAGCGUUGAUUAUACAAAAAUUAUGUAGAAAAUACAUGGAAAUUAAGCGCAUUCAUGCACGAGAAAAAAAAUUAAAAGAUAAGCUAGGUAUGACUAUGUCUUCAUGGAAACCGCCUUCAGCUAAAAUUCAAUUAGAAAAGGUAAAGGAAGCAAGACGUAAAUAUAGACGUGCGUAUUAUGAACAAUGGGUAAAUGAAAAUUUAAAAGAGAAAGCACGUGUUUUAAAACUUAGAGAAGGAGAUGUAAUGGAUGAUAUAACUGAUGAAAUUAGACAGUGGUUUGUUGAGUGGUUCAGAGCAGAACAAGUAUUUGAUGAAUUUCCUUGGGCUGAAGAAGGUGGAUCUAUAUUAGUUGUUAGAGGAGAAACAUUUACGGUUGAAGAAUACGUGGAGUGGCGUACAGCUGAAGAAAAAAAAAUGAAAUCGGCAACACCGAAAAGUAAGGAACAGAUCAAAGCUGAAAAACUAGCUGCAAAAGAAGAAAGAAAAAGACUAGCACAAGAAGCCAGAGACAGAGAAAGGAAAAGAAUCCAUGAUUAUAAAAAAUCGCGUAUGAACCCCGACAAUGACCCUGGUAUCAACUUUAUGAUUGGUCAACAUCACAAGGGUUUAAAAUUUCAUUGGUGUGAUUAUGAAGCUACGUGGUGUGACAUUGACAAUCCAACAGCUGGUGUAGACGCAAUGAAAGGACAUAUUAUGCGAUUAAUAACAGAAAACGCCUACAAGGACCUAAAACUAGAAUUACGUCCAAUUGCUGAUGAUAUUAUGAGACUGGAAUUAGAAAUAUUAAAAAACGCUCUCAAGACGGAUUAUGCAACUAUAGGGAAGAAGAUACCAAUGACAUUAAAAAGGAAAAAACCAAAAAAACCUAAGGUUCCGAAACCUGAUAAAUUAUCUCCAAUGGUUAUGUUUCAGCGGUUGGCUGAUAAUGGUAUUGUAAGACAAUAUCCUCAUGUGACAUUAGACGACUACUGGGGUGACAGAAAUUAUGCUGCUGCAGACUGCAGAGCCAUUCUCUGGACCCCAACCUUCCCACCGGCUUGUAUAGGUGACGUUAAAGAACAAGUAAGAAUUCGAUGUCUCCUGACUCUUGGGGCCACAUGCGCAGGUCUGCAGCGAACACAGUUGCUCGUAGGCCCUAAAGGUGCCGGCAAAAAAACAUUAGCGUAUGCAAUAGCUACCGAGACUAACUCUCUAUUGAUUGAUCUAUCACCUUUAACUGUUUAUGAUAAAUUUGUAGGUGGAAAGAAAACUAAAAUUAUGUUAAAUUAUGUAAACAAAAUAAGUAGGAUAAUGCAACCUACAGUUAUACUGGUAGAUAAAGCGGACAAGUUGUUUUAUAAAAGGGUGCCAAAAGAAGAAAAAAUGUUUGAUCCAACGCGUCUAUCAAAAGAUUUUUUUAAAGAAAUUGUGAAACCCCUUGGAACAAACGAUAAGAUAUUAGUUAUCGGAACAGCGACAGAACCUUGGCUGGCUAAAAACAAGCCUAUGUUUAAAGCAUUUCCAUCAACAAUUAUGAUUCCAAAAUCGGACUAUGGGAGUAUCUCUUUAAUAUUAACGCAAAUGCUGAUGAAGUUUCACGGCGUUAAUCGCGACUUUAAUGUAUCUUCUUUGUCGCAAGCUCUUAGAGGAUACGAUAUUUGCACUAUCCGAUCAGUUGUUGAAAAAUUGAUGACUGGGAAACGUUUAACUGAGCUCAGUUACAAACCUCUUCACCCUAUGGAAAUUUUAUCUGCGGUAUUGAACUCAGAAAAUGUCGCGAUCAUGGAUCCAGUGGACAGCGAAAUGUACAAGACCUGGUAUUUAUCAUACUCGCCAUGGGGAGAGAAGUUUAUGGAAUACAUGCUAAUGCUUGAGAGUCAAUAUACUAUUAAAUUGAAAAAUGAUAAGAAAAAGAAGAAAGCUGCUUAA